CAGCCAGCAGUGCUGAGAUAAAGAGGGUUGGGCUUGUUCCUUAAAUCCACUCAGCUCUCAGACCAUCAGCCUUAUUAAUGGCACCUCGGGUCACCGACUGGCCUCAAAGGUUACUACCGAUGCCCUCGCCGCUCUGCACCAUGAUCCUGUACCUGCUCUUCCUCGUCCUCAUCCUCGGUAAUGUGAGUUCACAGACAGCCAACAUGACAGAGGAAGAGUUGAUCAAAGUUGAGGGGAACCAAACAUUCAGAGAGUCCAUCACCAACAACACUACAAUAAAACCAGGCAACCUGACAUCCAAUUUGUACAAAGACAAGACGAGUCUAAUUGAGGAUGAACUGCAAAACAACAACAUUACACUUGUUGAGGAUAAUGAGCAUUUUCAGGACAAGGAAAAUCAGUUCCAAGGCAAGCAUUGCAAUGAACACUUGCUGGUAAUGUCCAUUCACAGCAUUUGUGGUGACGAUUUUCACAAAGAAAUGAUGUCAAUUAGCACGGAAAACUGGUGUGUGCUGGAAAAUAUCAUCAGACCAUACGACAAAAUGGCGGUCUGUCUGGAAAUACUGUCUGUAUUGGUUCACUGUUAUUACCCAAACCCCAACACCCAGGACUUCUUCCUCUCCAUCCACUCAAACUACUUCCACAACUGCUCUAAGGAGGAGCCUUCAUUUGUAGACGCACCUCAGGAGGUGGUGAUCGCCCUCACUCUCAUCCCUGUGAGCAUCAUCCCCGUACUGGUUUAUCUGGUGAUUUGGAAAAGUAGUGUCCAAGAGUGAGUCGUGUUAGACUCUCGUGCUAUACGUUAAACUUAAACAUAAUCUGUACAUAUUGUUUUAUCCCGUCUGGUGGGAAAUUAAAAGUUGAAAAAGAAGUUAUGAAGCAACCUUAAAUCUCAAUAAGAAAUGAAAAAGUUUUUUACUUUUUAUAUGUUUUUUUAUGUGUAUCACUGACACUUAGUAUGUUUUGAAUGAGCAGUGUGUGGAAUUUAGUGGCAUCUAGUGGCGAGGUUGCAGAUUGCAUACAGCUGAAAAUGCCAUACACUGGCCCUUUAAAUAUGAAUUUAGGAGUCAGUAGUGAGUCAGCCUAGCUUAGCACAAAGAACAGGGGGAGACCUCUAGUCUGGCUCUAUUGUAUAAGUAACAAAGUCAGCUUGUCAGCACUUCUAAAUGAACUAUUUAUGCAUGAAACCUUGUGUGUUUCACCUUUAAUCUGAAACACUGUGAAACUCAUAGACACAGUAUAUUUAAAUAUUUUUAGUAGAAACAGGAAGAAAUACACCAGUGUCCUGAUACUUUUUGACUACAAUGUAUUAUACCCUACAUUUUAACAAAUUUGUGUAAAUAUUUUUUAAAAACAUCUUUUAAAUUCGUACUUGUAACUUUUUACUCACUUUUCUUAUAAUUAAUGCAUGUGUUUUUUUUAAGAUAAAACAGUCUUUUCUAUGUAGGUUAUGUUUUGUCCCUUUUUUCAAGAAUCAGUAUGUAUAUUCACGGAUAAAUUAUGAGACGAUGGGCCCCUGGAUACAGACAUGCAAAAGACCCCACCAAUCCUCUAACAUAGGAACAAGGCACACAUAUUUCAUAGAUGUUUAGCUUUUUUUUUUUGCCUCUUUGUGAUUAUUUUGUCAUUUUUCAUCAUUGAUGGGAGUCUCUUUGUGUCUUUUUUUGCAGCUGUUUUGUCUCUAUUUGUGGUCAUUUUGUUUCUCUUCGUAAUUGAUUUGUGUAUCUGUUUCUAACAGUUGCAUUUGUUUGUUUCUAGCAAUUGCAGUGCAUUUUCUUUAUAUAUACAUUGUUAUUUUUGAUAUUUCUCCUUUUUUGGUGAGUUCACUUCAUAAGACCUUUUGUUUUUUUAACCAGCACAAUUCUUUUUAGGGCUAUAAUGGCUUACCUUAUGUUUUUAUAUUUUAUUCUUUGUUCAAAUAAUUAAACUAAACCGAACCAAAUGCAUGGAAUGCUGCAAGAAGCUGAACACAUGGUGAGCUAAAAGUGCAUACACAUAUUUUAGACACACGUAUUUGUGUGUGUGCGAUCUUUGGGAGGACAAACGUGAGUUUCAGACUCGUGAGCGUGAGGACAUCUGUUUUCAAAAUGAAAGCAUUUAGUCAGGGCUCACUUCUUCAAAGGGCUGUUUUUGGGGGGUUAGCGUUACUGUGUGGUUUAGAUCAUAGCUUAGAUAACACAUGAUGUCAAUGAGAGUCCUCACAAGUAUAGAAGCGUUGGCUAAUCUACUGUGAUAGACGCUCUGUGAUGUUGAUGGUUCCUGAUAGGUUGUAAGAGAUGCAGAAGAUUAGAAGCCGGAGGAAUCAUUAGCACAGAGUCUCACUGUAACCGUCUCCGUUUGUCCUCUGUAUGCACUGGAAUGAGGCGUGAAGGACCCCCCCCCCCACACACACACACACACACACACACACACACACACACACACACACACACACACACACACACACACACACACACACACACACACACACACACACACACACACACACACACACACACACACACACACACAAUAAGGUUCAACCAGGUCAACUCAUAGUAAAAUUUCCUUCUUCACACACCACCCAAUGCCACGGUCGGCCCUCCAGUUUCUGUUCAACAUAACCUGGUUCUGUGUGAAACUUUAUUGUGAGCACAGUGAGGUCCAUUUAUUAAAUACUCUAUUGAAUGAUUCCGGCUUUUCUUGGCUCGCUGUCGGGGGCAUAUUUUCUGUAACCAGUGUAGCUUGAAAGCUAUAUUUUCAUGCAAUAUACAGUACCAGUCAAAAGUUUGGACACACCUUCUCAUUCAAUGGUUUUUCUUUAUUUUUCUUUUUUUUUUUUCUCCAUUGUAGAUUGAUAUUGAAGACAUCCAAACUAUGAAGGAACACAUGUGGAAUUAUGUGGUAAACAAACAAAUGCUCAACAAACCAGAAUAUGUUUUAUAUUUUAGAUUCUUCAAAGUAGUUGAAUGAGAAGGUGUGUCCAAACUUUUCACUGGUACUGUAUGUUACAGAAAAUGAUCCCAACAAAGUGGUCACUUAUACUGGCAAUAGUAAUGUGUGUGAAUGUAACAUUAAGUCAUUACAUUUUACUCAUUUAGCUGAAGGCUAGUUAGCUAGCUAUCUUGCUAAUUCUACCAGGCUUCCACGCUAACGUUAAACUGGUAACAAAAAAAAGCUACCAUCGGCUUGUAUCGUUCCGUUGGUUAAUGUUAACUUUUUUUAGCAACACUUGUGGUCCCUAAGACUGAGUGACUGAAUAUAUUGAGAUAAACUCAUAUUUUCUUCAGCCAUUAUUUUUACAAACUUGUUAGCCAGCGUCAUCAUUUUUAUUAAAAGAAAAGGGGUCUAGGAUGGGGCUCAAUGCAAAGUAAAUGGGCCAAAGUAUCCAGGAAAUAAUGCAUUUGGUUUAAAAACAAUGUUCUGCUACACAGACAGGAGACAGAGGCUGUUAAAACAAUGAUGGUAUGCAUUUCCUUUCUCACACAUAUCAGUGGUAACAUGUUUGUUUAAGAGCAGCAUCUCUGCAGUUUCUCAGGGAUGAUUCUCCAAGCAGAGAAAGAGCAUUGUCUCUCUUAUCUUGCAGACUCUGUUGUUACUAGAUGUCCUGCUGGUAGCUGCAUGUUUGGCACAACAUUUAUCAUCAUUAAAUGUAAUAAAAAUGCAAACU